AGUCGGUGAAUAAUAAGCAAAGUGUGACUUUUGCUAUGAAAAGUUUUCUUCUUUUUAUUUUGUUAAUUUGUACCACUCCAACCAUCUCCGUGCAUUCUUGUAAUAACAACAAAGAUUGUAAUGUAGAUGAACACUGUAGAAAUGAAACACUCAAGUGUUCAAAAAGAUGUCAAUAUGACGCUGAUUGUGAGUCCGAUAAAUAUUGUGACGGUAGUGAAUGUAAAACGGGAUGCCGCCCAGGCAGUUGCAGCGAAAAUAAAUUAUGUCGAAAUGGAAAGUGUGAAAUUGGAUGUAGUCAUCAUAAGCACUGCAAAACCGAUGAGUAUUGCAAUGAUGAUAGUUGGAAAUGCAUGAUUGGAUGCAGGUAUGAUGAAAGUUGUGAGCAAGAUGAAUAUUGUAAUGAGGACACUAGAAUAUGUACAAAAGGAUGUCGAUCUGAUGAUAAUUGUGAUGAUAAAGAAUAUUGCGAUUUGGAUCAAAAUAUGUGCUUGCUUGGAUGUCAAGCUGACUACAGCUGUGGUGAAAAAGAGUACUGCAAUUUUGAAACUAGACUUUGUAGUCCUGGAUGUUCUCAUCAUAAGUUCUGUGAAGACAAUGAAUAUUGUAACUAUGUCAAGCAUCAAUGUGAAAAUGCAUGCCUAAAUGAAUCAGGAUGCGGCGAAAAUUCAAAAUGUGCUGCUUUUAAUAGCAACCGAUACUGCUCUUGUCUUGAAGGAUUCAUACCUGAAAAGGGUAUUGGGUGUAGAUUAAAAGCUCAAAAUGAAACUUAUAGUACAAAUAAUUGUUCUUCGCAAUGCUCUAGAAAAGGAAAAUGUGUUUUGAAACAUGAAGUAGUUUAUUGCUACUGUCCUAAUAGGGACAUUCCAUUGUCAAAUCCUUUUUUAAUGUGUCCAAGACGAAAGUUUAACAAGAAAAUAUCGAUUAAGACUGCGAAUGCUCUGAUGUAUGGUUAAAUAAGACUUACCAUUUCAAUAAAAUUUGAAAACUUAUUUGAAUAAAUUAACGGUUGAUUUGAAUUUAAAUUAUCUUAA